ACGAGCCGCGAGCGUGUCGCUGAGGGGAAAGUUUGAGCUUUGGGUUUCCGUGUUUGAUUGAUUUGUAUGGUGCAGCAACUGGCAUAAGAAGACGAGUUUACAGCAGUCCCCGCCGACAGCCAAGCAGUGACACCUCCUCUUCACAACAGAAAGCUCUGCUCUCCCAGACUGAUAGAAAGGGUUGUGACCCUGUACAGUAGCAGCCACCAUGGCAGAAGCUCACCAGGCGGUGGCCUUCCAGUUCACCGUCACCCCCGAUGGCAUCGACCUUCAGCUGUGCCACGAGGCUCUACGCCAGAUCUACCUCUCUGGCCUCCACUCCUGGAAGAAAAGGUUCAUUCGCUUCAAGAAUGGGGUAAUGACUGGUGUGUACCCGGGCAGCCCUGGUGGGUUCAUGGUAGUGGUUGUGUCCUACAUGUCCAUAAAUAAAUAUCAACAGCUGGAUCCCUCUUUGGGCAUGUUUACCAAGCUGGGUCAGCACAUACCCAUCAGUCGAUACAUGUCCAUUGACAGCCAGAGGAUGGUUGGAGGCGUUCUGGUGGGCACAGGCCUGUGGGUCACCAUAAUCAUGGUUAUGAGGAAUGUCCUAAAGUCCCUGUUGUCCUGGCAUGGCUGGAUGCAUGCCCGCCAUGGCUCUGUGUCCUUUUCUACUCGUCUGUGGAUGAUAUUAGUGAAGGUGUUCUCUGGCAGGAAGCCAAUGCUUUACAGUUUCCAGAACUCCCUGCCACGGCUACCUGUUCCCACUAUUAAGAACACCUGCAGAAGGUACCUGGAGUCAGUGCGUCCACUGAUGGAGGAUGAGAAGUAUGAACGGAUGGAGGGCUUGGCUAAAGACUUUGAAAAGAAUCUGGGACCCAGACUGCAGUGGUACCUCAAACUCAAGUCCUGGUGGGCCUCCAACUAUGUCAGUGACUGGUGGGAAGAGUAUAUUUACCUUAGAGGCCGUGGGCCCAUCAUGGUCAACAGCAACUAUUAUGCCAUGGAUUUCCUGUAUGUGUUCCCCACCUCCAUCCAGGCUGCCAGAGCAGGUAAUGCCAUCCACGCUAUCAUGCUCUACAGGAGAAAACUGGACCGAGCCCAGCUCAAACCAAUUUACUUGCUGGCGAACAAGGUUCCUCUGUGUUCGGCUCAAUGGGAGCGGAUGUUUAACGCCACCCGCGUCCCUGGUUUGGAGACAGACAUCCUCCAGCACGUGAACGACAGCAAACACAUAGCUGUGUACCACAAGGGCCGUUUCUACAAGGUGUGGAUGUUUUAUGACGGACGAUUGCUGUUGCCACGGGAGAUAGAGCAGCAGAUGGAGAGGAUCUUGGCCGAUAAGUCUGAGCCAUUGCCAGGAGAGGAGAGACUAGCCGCACUUACUGCAGGGGACAGGACCCCAUGGGCCAACGCUCGAGAAACCUACUUUGCCCGUGGUAAGAACAAGCAGUCUCUGGACGCCAUUGAGAAGGCAGCCUUCUUUGUCACCCUUGAUGACACUGAGCAGCGCUACGAGGAAAAGAACCCAGUCAAGUCUCUGGACAGCUAUGCCAAGUCCCUCCUCCACGGAAAGUGCUACGACAGAUGGUUUGAUAAAUCCUUUAACCUGAUCGUUUUUAAGAACGGCACCAUGGGACUGAACGCAGAGCAUUCCUGGGCUGAUGCUCCAAUCAUUGGCCAUCUCUGGGAGCAUGUUCUUUCCAUGGACCCUCUUAAGUUGGGAUAUACUGAUGAGGGUCACUGCUGUGGGGAGACCCACCCCAACCUGCCAGGUCCCAUGAAGCUGUUGUGGGACAUCCCUGCUGAGUGCCAGGAGGUCAUCCAGAGCUCUCUGACAGUAGCCAGGACUCUGGCUGAUGAUGUGGACUCUCACAUUUUCCCCUUCAGUGAAUUUGGCAAGGGUCUGAUUAAGAAGUGCCGCACCAGUCCUGAUGCCUUCAUCCAGAUCGCCCUACAGCUGGCCCAUUUCAGGGACAAGAAGAAGUUCUGCCUGACAUACGAAGCCUCCAUGACGCGUUUGUUCCGGGAGGGCCGGACAGAAACUGUGCGCUCCUGCACCACAGAGACUUGUGCCUUUGUCCGUGCCAUGAUCAGAGAUGAGACAAGAGAAGAGCGUCUCAAGUUGCUAAAAUUGGCAGCAGAGAAGCACCAAAACAUGUACCGCCUGGCAAUGACAGGAGAGGGCAUCGAUCGCCACCUUUUCUGUCUCUAUGUGGUUUCCAAAUACCUCGGAGAAGACUCAGCCUUCCUCAAGGAGGUCCUCUCUGAGCCGUGGAGACUGUCCACCAGUCAGACACCCCUGCAGCAGGUUGAGCUGUUCGAUCUUGUCAGAUACCCCGAGUAUGUGUCCUCCGGAGGUGGAUUUGGUCCAGUGGCCGAUGAUGGUUAUGGUGUCUCCUACAUCAUCGUUGGUGAGAACCUCAUCAACUUCCACAUCUCCAGCAAACACUCAAGUCCAGAAACUGACUCUCACCGUUUUGGCGGCAACAUCCGACAGGCCAUGCUUGAAAUACUGGAUCUUUUCCAGCUCGGAAAGAAGUGAUAAGCCCUCUCCAUGGGUGGAAUUAACAGAAGAAGUUGUUUUUAGCAAGUAAUGUAUUAUUUCUGAGGAUUGUACAGAUCAAAUAUUGGAUUUUGGGUUGUUUUUAAGUUAAUUGAUGUUACAGAAAUAUGAAUGAUUUGAGAGUUUUGUCAAUUUGUUUGUGAGCCGUUUAUGCGUACUGUAUGUAUAGGCAAGGUGAGAUACUGGUGUCAUUGGGUACAGGCAGUGCACAGAUCAAUUUUUUUAUUCCCAGGACUGUUUGCAUGGGUGCCUUAGUGACCCGAUAAUGUAAAAAGGGCAGAAAGGGAGGGGAAAUUAGAGCUCUUGUCUAAUAUCAAGUCUGUAUUACCACACUUAAAGACAUGUCGGCUAAAGGAUUGUUCAGUAGCAUCAUCCAAUAUUAGAAUCAAGUUUUGAAGUUGAGAGAUGGUGCAAUAUUUUUACUAGUGUCUGUCCCAACUUUUAAACAUCCUAUUAUUUUACUUUUUUUUUUUAGGUUCCUCAUUUCCAAUUAAAUUGCAGCACCCGGGUCAUGUGUAACUGGCCAAAGCAUUAAAUGUGAGGUUAAAUAUCAUCAACAAAUUGCAUGUUUGCAUGGUGUCUAUUCAUUUCAUAUGGCUCAGUUUAAAUACAGAGUCUGAUUCGCUAGCCUGAACAAUUUUAUCCAGUAAUGUUAUACCAACGGAGGCCAGAAGGAGUAGAACAGAUGAUCUGUUAUAACGAGAAUUACAAAUAUUCAGCUUUGAUCUGGAACGUGACCCUGUAACAGUGAGAUCCUGGAUACCAACGCAGAAGACAGAUAUUCAACGGAUCAACAAGCUGCUUUGAUCUUUUUGAUUUAGUGUACAAGCACAUCAUGGUUGUGUUUGUGUGUUGAUCAUUUUCAAACUCAGGUUUUUUUUUUACUUGGCCUAGUAUUCUAGGGUGCUGGCUACAGCAUUGGAAGAAUAAUGCUUAUGUUGCAGAGUACAUGUGCAACAGUAGAAGAUACUGAUAUUAAUGCAGUAAAAUGCCAUGUGACCCUGAUGAGCUGGUGGUAAGUUCAACAUAAAGUCUGCUUUGGAAGUGAGAGGAUUGGCAGGGCGGGGCGUGUUUCUUUUUUCUUUCUGUUUCUUGUGUUAAAAAAAAAAAGAGUGGGUUAACAGGACUUGAACUCCGUUUUGCACUCCAUGACUGGUCCUUUAGUUCAAACUAACCAAUUCCCAACUACCUUGGUAGCCUUUUUUCCGAUCAACAUGAAUUGUCAACUUUUAUGAGCGACAGGUUGUCGGUUACAACAUAGUGGUACUUCAACUGUCAAUAUGGGGUGCAGAGUCGCUGACUAGGUUGUGAUGUCUCCAGUGACGUAUGAAAUAAUUUUUUUCUCUCAGAGUAAUACUUAAGUUCAGAUAUAGAGGGGCUUUCACUUAGGAAUUCAUUUCUGUUAUUAUGUAUAUGUUGUCAGUUCAUCAUAUUUAUUUUUUCAUGUUUAAACUUUAUUCAAACAAACAUGCAUAUUUACCAGCUGAAUGUGGCGAAUGAUGAGCACUAAGUUAAAGCUUUGCUGAUUUAAGAUUUAAGAAGUGAAACAAGUCAAAAUACUUAUUUUUUGACAUGACAGUUUUGUUCUCACAGACCUUGCCAGUAUGGUGGAAGUGUAUGACUUUUUUUCUCAGUAGACCUCACGUUGACACUGCUGCAUGUUUUUUUUUUGAAGAUGAAGCUGUAUAUGUUUGCCUUUUAAAUCAAAGAUGGUGUAAAAAGACAAACAGCUGAUAUACCAAAAUGAGUUUUAACAAUAAAGUGAAUGUCAGACAGCUGUUCA